CCCCAUUACUCACUCCUCUACUGUACUACUUCUCCCCUUACAUGCUUAAAGCUGUCCUUUCCCUCUUCCUGGCUAAAUGAGAUCACUAUUGGACCCUUCCCAGCCAUUUAAGUGUUCUCCCUCAACUAUUUGAGUUGUGUUUUGGCUGCAGUUUCCGUUCCCCAUUUAAACUUCUCUUAUCUGGACACGUUCACCUUGGCUUGAGGACACGGAGGCUGGUCUCGCCCAGACUGAAGUGUUUUGUUUAUUUUAUGCGCAGUUAUGGAAACCAGCUUGGCAGUGGUGUCGGACGGGGACGUGUCAUUGGUAGACUGUGGAAAUGUACUGAACUAGAAGACCAGGGAAAGAAUUGAAAGGCUAAUGGUUAACGUCCCUUUUUUUCUCUCCUUGCAGAUAAAAGCAUACAGUGGCCAUGGACCUGCAAGAUAAAGAUAUCCUUCCCAGAGAGAUUCUGCCAGUCAUUGUCAUUGGUAAGACUGGGGCUACUGUUACUGUACACAUUCAGCUCUGAAAGACUUGCCCAUAAAAACGGAUUUGGUUCCAAGUAAUUGCUACACACAGUAGGGAAUUUGGUCAAAGUUCUUCUCAGGGACUUGUAACGAGACUAUUAUGAAACUGCUACCGGUGUUAUAGGGAAGGAAGGAACACUUUGCACAACAGAGUUUCUCUUCUGAGGCAAUUUCCAAAUUGCAUACGGUGGGUGAAAAGAUGCAUGGUCACCAUGACUUUGCAUCUUGUGACCAUUCUCUUGCCCUAGAUCCUAGUAGACUCUCCCAAGGCCAUAGGGUAAUUCCAAGCCAUGACACCCACCAUCUCAGAUUGUUCUAAAACCUUUCUGUAGAAACAGUUAAGAUUAGCAUUCCUACAACAUUAUUUUUGUUGAAAAAUAAUUUGAUUAUUAAGGUAAUUGAUUGCAGAACCUGGUAUUCUCAGGGUGUAGGAUGGGACAUAAACCUAACAACUUUAAUUUAUAUUUUAUCUGAGCAGGGGGGGGGGGGGGUGAAAAAAACAAUACAGCUCCAUACUACACAUAGACCUGAUACUGUAUACUCAUUGUUGGGUUGGGAAUGGGGUGGGUGGGUGGCUUUUUACGAUUUCAGAACAAUCUGAGAUGGUGGGUGUCAAUCCCUUUUCUUGUGCUUUUUGAGGUGGAACGACGCCAUAAGAACCUCGUUUCUUAGAAUGAUGGCACAGUGUGCUCCCCUUAUAAGAAGAACACCCAUCCCAAAUGACUCAACUUUUUUAGGCUAUUCUUAAAAGCCAAGUACAUUUUUAUAGAAAUACAUUUUAGUUUUGUCUAUGUUUUUGACUGCUAUACAUAUCAGAUUUUUACAUUCCUGAUGAGCCCUCAAACGUUCUGUAUGUAGGGCUGUUGCUGUGACCAUAUUACCUCCACACCAGCAGUCACAAGCCAUUACUGCAGUAAAAUUCCACGUCACGGUAAUCUCCUAUUAUGUACUCCGGACAUGCGUUGGUAGUACCCAACUCACUAACGGCCAUCAGGUCGCUAAUGGCCUGGUACUCAUGGCUCUAUUGUCCCUCUAACCACUCUGACAUCAAUGCAAUUGAAAAUCGCAUCAAACACUUACCAUCAAAACAGUAUCAUGCUUUUAAAACUCACCUCACUGUGAUUGAUCAAUUUGAAGAAAGAAGUUCAACAACAGGUUUCAAAGCCUAACACAACGAAAUGGACAGCACUUUCUAAGGUGAUUAUGAAUUCAAAACACCCAUACGCAUAUUAGAGCUAAUGCAUAGGACUAUAAAUGAGCCUGAAAAAAGAAACAGAUUUAAAAUAAUGAUUGUGCCGUUAUACAAUACAUAGCCUAUAAAUAAAUAAAUAAAAAAUAUUUAAGAUGUCUUUGGUACAAAAUUGGUCUAACCUAUACUCCAAAAUUAAACAAAUUCUAGUAAUCACCUUUGAGGGUGGACUGUAUUAUUAUGCAUACUGGAUGGACUGGUUACCUUAUGCUAUGCUCCAAACUUUCUAUCCAUGAGUCUGGGAGAGAACGUAUAGGCCUAAGCGAUGCUGUUGGUUCAUUGAUUGUGCUGGGUGGCUUACAGAGUUAGGCAACAUUUAUAGUGAAUUUGAUUUUGAAUAGCCUAGUAAUAGGGUAUUUUUUUACAUUUUCAUAAUUUAUAGGCUGACACAUGACCUUUUUUAGUUACAGAAUAUCUCACCACCGUGCGUUUCAAUCACCUCUCCUUCAUUCCUUUCUCGAGCGCGCAGAGAGAGGGGCUGUCAACAGUUUUUAAUGCAAUAUGUUUCGUUGUGAAAACAUGUUACUAUCGAUGUUCCCGAACAGAUUUCACAUGGUUUCCCAAAUGAAGCACUGGGUAGCUGCAGGAACAGGGUUGGAGAGCCCAUGGCAUACAGAGUUUGGGCGGAAUAUCACCUGUCGUUCAGCAAGAGGCUGCUUGCUCCUCAAACAGUGGUUGAUUCAUGGAGUGAAUUUUAUAAUUGCCCAUUCUUAGUCGAAACUAAUUUAUUUGACCUAUUAGUAAAGACAAGAUUCAGUUGAGAAUAGUCUGAUGGGGGAAAAUAUAAUCACUUGGUGUUAGAAUAGGGUGUGCAGCCUGAGGCAAGGAACAGAGCGCAUGCUUUUUUUUUGCCUAAAAUAAAUAAUGGUUUUAUUGUGAUGGUGGAUAUUAAAUUGAUUUAUUAGACAUUCUUAAAUGUAGAUGUUCCAAAGGUGUGCAUCAGCGGCUUGUAUGCCGGCUGACAAAAUGUCAUGACCGCCAAAGCCCUAUCUGUAUGAGCCCCCAAAUAAUGUAUUGCAUUAUAUAAGGCACUACAUAAACAGAAAAAACUGUAGUGGGUUAAACUAAUUUAUUCAACUUGUCUGAACUUGCCUCUUUCCCUCUCUCUCCUAGGCAACGGCCCCUCGGGCAUCUGCCUGUCAUAUCUGUUGUCAGGUUACACCCCCUACCUGUCCCAAGAGGGCACUCACCCUAACCCACUACUGCAAGGCAAGCUGGAUCAACAGCCUCACCUCUCACUGUUGGAGUUGGUAAGAAUGACACCUCGUCCGUCUUCACAAUGUCUCUGUGACAACUCGCCUUUUACACCUAGCUUGGUUGGUGUUGGUUUACAGUUGCCCGGGCUGGUUGUAAGUGCUAGUUAAAAUGCUCUGUAAAAUGCUGUCUUUGUUUGUGUUUACCACUAAGAUGUAUGGUUUGUUGGUAGUUAUUCAACUAUUAUGACCUGGAUGUAUGCUCAGUCGAGAUAUUUAAGUGUGGCCCUAAGUAAGGUCUGUAUGUAGGCUACAGGAGGUUUUGUAAAUAAAGUUGUGUCCAUGUUAUAAGCUUAGUAAAAAGCUAUUGGUGUCCUUGAUAUAGGGUGGUAUUUUGUUAUUCCAUGAGCUAGACCCUAAAACAAAUGGAUAUAAGUAGGAAGGUAGGCCUACAUACCACAGUCUUUGUACUAAGGUGUUGAUGUGUUUGUCUCUGUGUGCAGGACCUGGAGUACCUGUGUGAGGGACUAGAGGGCCGCUCCUCCAACCCCAUGGCCGUGCUGUUUGACUCCCUGCUCCUGCCCGACAGUGACUUUGGGCUGGACCACGCCUCACCCCUGCUUUGGCGCUACGAACCGGAGCGGGCCACCCCACACCUGGUGCUUGGUAAAGGACCCCCAGGAGGAGCCUGGCAUGUAAGUGCCCAGUCCAUAAUAAUUGUCCAAUACCAUGUUGACCCCCCCCUGGUCCCCAGUUUUAGGCACUUAAAAAAGGAUUGGUUAUUCCAAGAAUUCCAACUUGUCCUUGUGACGUUGCUCAUAACAAUCCAAUCAUUUUCAGAUACAUGCAAGGUGCUUUUGGGAAGGGGCCAGGCGGUGAUUUGCAAUUGGGUAAAAAAGUGGGUCAUGAUCACACAUUUUUAGCAUACAUUCAGAAUAGGUUUGUUUUUGUCAAGUGGAAAAUGGCCUUGGGUAUUUGGUAUUUUGGUAUUUUAUUAGGAUCCCCAUUAGCUAUUGCUGAAGCAGCAGCUACUCUUCCUGGGGUCUAUACAAAUCAUAAAACAGAACAUAAUACAGAACAUCAAUAGACAAGAACAGUUCAAGGACAAAACUACACACAUUUAACAUACGAACAAUAGAACCAAAAAAGGUCAUACGUACAUUAGCACAGAGGUUCCCAACCUUUUUCGGUUACUGUACCAUCAGGUACAUUUUGCUUUGCCCAGAGUACCCUUGAAGUACCCCCUCAUGUAUGUCAUGGCUAACUAAUGGUAUGUAGCUAGUAAAACCACCUGUAGUUUGCAUACCCGCAGAUACAUUGGCAUGUAAAACAAGGGACAAUGGCAGACAGUUGCUUGCUGGGAAAAAGGUGGGUGGGCGAACUAUGCAUCUGAUGACAUAGGCUUGCUUUCCAAAUCGCACCCUAUUCCCUAUAGUGCACUACCAUUGACCAGAGCACUUUGGGCCCAGGCCAAAAGUAAUGCCAUUUAUAGGAAAUAGGAUGCCAUUUGGGACACAAACAUAGUUUGCAUAUGUGACUUUCAGCCUUGUGGUUAAUGGUGAUGGUGUUUGUGUAUUUGUCUCUUAGGCGAUGGAAGGCUCCAUGCUCACUCUCAGCCUGGCUAACUGGAUGGAACUGCCCGGCCUGAAGCUUAAAGAGUGGAUGAGAGAAAAGCGCAGGUGGUUCCUUCUGACAAGCUACAGCACCAUUAAGGGAAAAAUCCACAAAAAAACUAUAUUUUGGUAUUUUUUCAGUAAGCCACAGAAGCAAAGUGUUUUGCGGCAGGUGACACUUUGCUUUUUGAAAGUCCAAUAUCUUGAAAUCUUGAAUGCGGACAUGCAAAACAUUUUGGGACUGUAUUACACUGAACAAAAAUGGAAACAAUUUCAAGUUAAAGUUCAUAUAAGGAAAUCAGUGAAUUGAAAUGAAUUCAUUAGGCCCUGAUCUAUUAAUUUCGCAUGACUGGGAAUACAGAUAUGCAUCUGUUGGUCACAGAUACCUUAAAAAGGUAGGGGCAUGGAUCAGAAAACGAGUCAGUAUCUGGUGUGACCACCAUUUGCCUCAUGCAGCAUGACAUCUCCUUUGCAUAGAGUUGAUCAGGCUGUUGAUUGUACCUGUGAAAUGUUGUCCCACUCUUCUUCAAUAGCUGUGCGAAAUUGCUGGAUAUUGGCGACAACUGGAACAAGCUGUCAUACACGUCGAUCCAGAGCAUCCCAAACAUGCUCAGUGGGUGACAUGUCUAGUGAGUAUGCAGGCCGUGGAAGAACUGGGAUAUUUUCAGCUUCCAGGAAUCCUGUACAGAUCCUUGUGCCAUGGCGCCGUGCAUUAUCAUGCUGAAACAUGAGAUGAUGGCAGCGGAUGAAUAGCACGACAAUGGGCCUCAGGAACUCGUCACGAUAUCUCUGUGCAUUUAAAUUGCCAUCAAUAAAAUGCAGUUGUGUUUGUUGUCCGUAGCCUAUGCCUGCCCAUACCAUAACCCCACCGCCACCAUUGGGCACUCUGUUCACAACAGCAAACCACUCGUCCAUACACGCUGUCUGCCAUCUGCCUGGUACAGUUGAAACCGGGAUUCAUCCAUGAAGAGCACAUGUGCCAGCGUGCCAGUGGCUAGCGAAGGUGAGCAUUUGCCCACUGAAGUCGGUUACGACGCCGAACUGCAGUCAGGUCAAGACCCUGGUGAGGACAAUGAGCAUGCAGAUUAGCUUUCCUGAGACAGUUACUGACCGUUUGUGCAGAAAUUAUUUGGUUGUGCAAAUCCACAGUUUCAUCAGUUAUCCGGAUGGCUGGUCUCAGAAGAUCCCGCAGUGUGAAGAAACCGGAUGUGGAGGUCCUGGGCUGGCAUGGUUACACAUGGUCUGCAGUUGUGAGGCCGGUUGGACGUACUGCCAAAUUUUCUAAAACUAAGUUGAAGGGGGCUUAUGGUAGAGAUUAACAUUCAAUUAUCUGGCAACAGCUCCGGUGGAGACGUGACAAAACUGCGCAUUUUGGCGUGGCCUUUUAUUGUCCCCAGUACAAGGUGAACCUGUGUAAUGAGCAUGCUGUUUAAUCAGCUUCUUGAUAUGCCACACCUGUCAGGUGGAUGGAUUAUCUUGGCAAAGGAGAAAUGCUCACUAACAGGGAUGUAAACAAAUUUGUGCACAAAUCUGAGAGAAAUAAGCUUUUUGUGCUUAUGAAACAUUUCUGGGAUCUUUUAUUUCAGCUCAUGGGACCAACACUUUACAUGUUGCGUUUAUAUUUUUGUUUAGUGUAACAGUGGACUAAUAAAAAAAGAAAAUACCGUUUUUGGUGAAAAAAUUUUUUUUUCUUUAAGUGGCCAUUCCAGAUUGACCUUAUCACUGUUCCUGAACAGUGGUAUUCACUUAAAGGAACAUUUCUAUUUUGAAAGGAAAAAUUAUUGUUUGUUUUUCUGUGUCGAGCCGCUUAGGAACUAGAAUCAGCUACCAGUAUUAAUACCUUAGGCUUUUAGAGAAAAUAGAGGCUAAACAAAUGUGCUUUUGUGUCAAAGACAAAUGGCAGGUGAAUGAGGUUGUUUUCAUUCAGGUUUUGGCCAUAAGGCCCUUUGUGUGUAUUCUAAACACCAGUGUCUGACCCUCAUACUUAAAUGUUUGUUUCAGGAACGUCCGUAACGACAGGGCCACUCCCGCCGAGAUCGCCUCCUACUACCAGCACUAUGUCAACCAGAUGGGCCUGGAGGACAGCUUCGCCUGCGGCACCACCGUCACCUCCAUACAGAGGGUGAACUGCGAGGGGGCCAGCGGCCGUCCCUUGUGGAAAGUCCAGGGGACCCAGAAGAGGGAGGCUGAUGAGCUGGGGGAAGGAAGCCCGUCAGAGGUCCCCUUUACAGUGUGCGCAGACUACGUGGUUCUGGCCACGGGCACCCAUGACAUCCCGGCCCGUCUGGGCGUGGAAGGCGAGGGUCUCCCCUUCGUGUGCCACAGCUUCUGGGAGCUGGAGGCAGCAAUCUCCAGAGGCCAGCUGGACCACACCUCGGACCCGGUGCUGGUGGUGGGAGCCGGGCUGACAGCGGCCGAUGCCGUCCUGGCAGCCCACCACCUCAACACGCCUGUGUACCACGCCUUCCGGCGCUCGGUCACUGACCCAGGCCUCAUCUUCAACCAGCUUCCCAAGCUCCUCUACCCUGAGUACCACAAGGUGCACCAGAUGAUGACCCAGCAACAGCAACAGCAGCAGCAGCAUGGCCAAGACCUCCCCAGCUCUGGGGGAACGGGCGCCCCGAUGGACCAACAAGAAAACAACACCGCCUCCAUGUCUUCUGGCUCCUACCCAGGCUACGUCAGCCUGCCCAAACACCGGGUGGUGGCCUUCAAGCCUGACAGGAAGUGCGUGCUGGAGGGGGAGGACGGACGUCGCACCGUGCUCCAGGUCUCCAUGGCCCUGGUGCUGAUUGGCGCCCACCCCAACCUGUCCUUCCUCCCUGAGAACGGACGGCCCCUCGGCCUCAACCCCCAGGAGCCAAUCACGUGCCGGCGGAACCCCCUGGAAGUUGACCCAUACACGUACGAGUCGGUGUCGGAGGGGGGGCUGUACGCCAUGGGGCCUCUAGUUGGGGAGAACUUUGUCCGCUUCCUCAAGGGGGGUGCUUUAGCCAUCGCUAGUGACCUCGCCAAGAAGCAGCGGGCCAAGGAGGAGAAUCACACCACCCUGGGUGGUGUGGAUGGACAGACUGAGUCUGCGCGUGUCCUAGACUCCUAGGGGUUAAGGGUCGCGACAGGACUAAACUACUCCUAAGGCCUGUAUUAUUACGUAGGCUGGACUGGGCUGGUCAGCUCAGGCUAAAAGACUGAAGCACAAUCUGUGACAAUACGACCUGCACCAGUCCCUAUAUUCCUCAAGGGACAGCGAAUGAAUCUCUCAGCGGAACCAGAGGGAGUGGCAUUUCUGACUCUGUGAAUCUUUUUACCAGGGCAGGAAAGUAGGUCGGGUUGAUGUGUAGCUAAUCAUAUGAUGCCUGAGGUGCAAGGGUAGAAUCCAAAUGUCCUUAUAGAGUACCACAGUAUGAGUCA